AAUGAUUUCAAGAGAACAAUUAUCAGGAAACUCCUUAGAUAAUUUAGUCAGUUCUGCUUAAUCGAGUGAGUCAAUAACAAAAACGGCCACCAGGGCUCGCCACUUAUUAUAAUUACCACAUGACGGUUUCGUCGCCAACCAUUCAGUCGACGUUGAUCCAAUGCAUUUGGAGGUUUAAGCGUUUAUGUGUCCGUGUAAGUUCUUAAAAACAACAUCGUCUAGUGCUCUACUCGUCCAUAUGCCGUAGAAGGUAGCAUGAGCUGGACGAAUAGAAUGGCUCUUUACGGGAGCGAGAGAUCCCUACACUCGUUGUCAGCACAGUCUCCACAACCUGGUCGAACCCUGACCCCAGCACCUGUCACUUCAACCCCUAAAUCCACCGGCAGAAACCCACCUAUCAAUUCUUCAAUGACUGGAGGCACACCUGGUUCGACACUUGGGAAACAAAGUUAUACCACCUCAGCUGGGGACUCGCGCAUUCCCAGACCAUCUCCGACCCCUCUGCGACGUUCCACCAGCAUGCGCAUGAGUGGAGAAGAAAUUUCGUAUCUACGACCCACUGCAGCCAGUUCAGCUAGACACCAUCACCAUCACAAUCAGCACAGCCAUCAUCACCUACACCAGCAGUUCAAUCAGCUGGAUCACUUUCCCGUCAUCACGGAAAAUGGAAGCGAGUCACCGCGUCAUCGUUCAUUUAGUCUCUCACUGACCCCGGCCAGGCCGCGGCUUGGAAACACGGCCUCUGGAACCGGGGCCGACGACAGCGAUGCGGAAAGCGUGAAAAGCUACGGCAGUGCGUGCAGCACAGCCAGUGCUUGCGAUCACGCACAUUUUGCCCUGAACGGUACAACUUGGUCGGGAAGAUCUCGAAAGUACGUGGUGCACUGUGCAAAUUAUAACGGGGAUGGCGAUCAGUAUCUGACACCUACCCAGCGGGCAGCCAGGCAAGUCAGGAAAUUUCAAGCUCUGCUGAAAGAUGCAAGAAGGGAAAUAGAGGAGAAGGACAAAGAAAUAUUCCGUCUAACCAAGGAAGUGGUGGAGUUACGUCUUUAUAAAGCGUCCUUAAACAGUCCCGACGAGAGAACCGAUAGUAGCGAUGCUCUCACUGUUCGCGAGAACAACGCCUUAUCACCAGAGUCACCCUGUAAGGAUCUACCGGACGAAGGUGCCUUCGAGGCUAGUGCAAAUCCUGAAACCCCAGAUAAAAACGUAUCAUCGGAUCUUCCAUCAUCUUUGGCUGAUUCAGGACACUUUGAAGACGGUUCCAUUCACUCUAAAGAAUCUGUAUGUCUACCUGGAAGCACGAGCAAUGGUCAGAGUACCACGACGAGCACCUUCUCCACGAGCAGAGCUGCAGUGGAGCACGAUGAAGAGAGACGUAGACUGGUUGCAUUAUACGAGAGUAGAAUCGAGGAGAUGCACAGAAGGCACAUAGAUGAAAUACAAGAGUUAAAGGAAAAACACAACGACAAGGUAGAGAGUUUACUGACGCAAUUUGCUGAAGUAAAUAACCGUUACUGCGAGGUACGUCCGGCCAUGGAUGCGGCCGAGGCACGCACCAGAGAACUCGAGUCCGAGGUCGAGUCUUUGAAGACUGAGAUAUCAGAGCAGAAGAAAAUGUUGGAUGAGCAGGAGGAAAGAAAUAAGACAAUGUACCUGAAAAUGUAUGCCAAAGGACAGGAGGCGGCACGCAUAGAGCAUGCUGAUCAGAUAUUGGAACAGGCUCAUCAGGCACCCUCGAAGGUUUCCGUGGCCGAGCUACUUCAGCAGCUGACCGUUACGCAGGCUGAACUAGAGAAUGUUAAGGAUACAAGCUACUCGCCUGAACCUCACAUUUCAGCCGAUUGUAGCCAAAGUUUAUUAAGUGCUAAGGAGGCUGUUUCUCUCUGGGUCCUUGGCACUCGUAAGGCAAUGUAUCGGCGCAUCGUGGAAUCGCGAAGCAGCCAGGGAGCCCUCGAUCCGGAAAUUACGUUACAGUUCCUUAAAUCUGCGGUCUACUACUUCCUUACUGACAAAGAAAAUCAUCACGGUCAUCUUAACGCCAUCGAGAGCAUUCUGGGCUUUAGUGACGCCGAAAAGCUCAAUAUUGACAGGAUCUAUCGAUCAGCUAGAAAGUAAUUUAUCCUAUCAUACAUGAUACAUUGCAUAUAUUUCUAUAUAUUAUAUUGCGAAACUUUAUGCCUUGAUAGGAAUAUAUACGUGUCGUUGUUGAACAAAUCUGUACGAUGCUCAGUUUAUUGAUAUUUACAUCUUCAUUUGAUUGAUCCAAUUUCGGUUUCAAACAUGUAGGCCAUUUCCUAAUAUUUACUUGACUACAACCAGAUUUAUUGGCUUUCAUGAAAACAUGUGUUUCUAUCAGGACAUAUACUAUAUCGACAAUUAUGAAUCACAAAAAUGGCUCAUGGUUAGUCCUGUACUGAAAUUUAUGAAGUUUUGAAUGCCUGGUAUAAACUGAUCAUCGGACACAAUAAAUUUUAUCUGAUGCUGCUACUGGCUAGCUGGCAAUUUAAUUCACAUUAUCAAUAUAAUACUAGCUUGUAAUACGUAUACUAGAUACGUUUCCGGGAUUCGACGAUUUAUAUUUAAGAUUGGCAAAUGGAGUCGCGCUGGUUUCUCUCUUCUUUUAUCGUAUUAACUGUAUCGAUUCUUCAUACUGCGCGAUUCAUAAUUUACAGGUGAUACGGUCAAUACGUCUUAUUCGCUAAGUAUUCUUUUUCUAGUAUACUGAAACGCUAAGUGUUUGCCAAGAAGUAAACAAGGAUGUAUACAAUUGUACCGCUUGAUUCAUUGCCGUCCUUCGUCGAGUGUAUAUACAUCUAUAUACGAUAUAUCAAUAUACAACAAAAAGUGUAUUAGCGUGAAUCCCAGAAAAUUUAGAAAGAUACAGAUUUAUUUAUAUAUUGCGAAAAAGUGCGUAUAAUAACUAUACCAGUCUGAUUAAGGAUUGAAAGAAAAAAGUUGGCGUCCAGAUUCUAGGAUAGACAUAACACUAAGGAGACUGACGGAAAUAAUCUUGCCUUUUAAAUCUGCAUGUCACAUAUUAGAUAUUUGCGAACAUUUUGUCAAAGGAAUAGCAAUCCUGGAUGAUGCUGUGAGUUGUUACUUUUUUUUUUGGUUUCCCCUGUAGUUAUAUGUAUAAGCCAAAGAGAUCGUAUGUAUCCUCUAUGUUCUUACCUGUCUCUUAAAUUUUGUAUUGAAAAUCAUAUAUUUCUGCAACGAGGUAUUUUUCGUCUGUGUUUGAUAAACAUGAAGAGUGCCAAGACUGUAAAAUGAUGUGUAAGUGCACAGUGACAGGAAAUUUGUUUUUGAUUGCUUCACUUGAUUUGGGUCCAGUAAUUAAAUGUGGGGUUUUUUCAUGGGGUUCAUCCUAUUCAAGACAGGCACUGUAGAGAGAGUAGGGGAUUGCGAAUUCCUGAGUAACUUUAUAAAUGAGGCUGAUAGCUUCUUCCUAUUUUUACUUGAUUGUAAUGUUAUACACAUAAUGUUAUAAGAGGCCUAGUACGUAGGGGUUGCACCCAGUUUAAGUGAUGCAAUUAUGCUUUUAAACAAAUUUCACCUUGAGAAAGUGUUCUUGACUUGUUCACUAUUUCAUUGCCAAUAUAUUUCGAAGUCGAUUCUUUAUAGAGGCUUCGAUGAUUUAUUAUUAGUGGUAUAACUGAUGUAAAUUAUUUCAUUAUUCAAUAAACAGUAUUAUAUAUUUCACGUGGAA